AUGGCAUCUAUGACCGCUUCAGAGAUCUCGUCCAAGGACGGUGAUCUAGAGAGCAAGUCCGCCAGCCCUGGGCGAGACACAAACAUAGCCGAGCGGACAACAAAAAUGGACGAUUCGACUACGAAUGAAUCGCCCGUUUCAGAGGAGAACCAAGACAAAAUAUCCGAGUCCAAAAAUCUUUUAGGUCGUCGAGUCUAUGCCCUCUUCGCCGCAGUCUUUGUCUCGACAUUCCUCAUAGCCCUGAACGGUUCAAUCAUUGCAACAGCAAUACCGAAGAUUACAACGCAUUUCAACUCUCUCAAAGACAUUGGCUGGUACGGAAGUGCUUAUCUCGUUGCAACGUGUGCUAUGCAGCCUCUUGUUGGCAGGGUCUACACGCACUUCCCUACAAAGCACACGUAUCUCAUGUUUGCUUCCAUCUUUUCGAUCGGGGCUCUCGUUUGUGCCACAGCUCCGUCAUCUAAGGCCCUAAUUGUGGGAAGAGCAGUACAAGGCUGCGGUGGUGCUGGCGUUAUCAACGGCGCUUUUGCAGUGAUAGCUGCAGCUGCUUCCAAGGAAGAUCGGCCAAUGCUCAUAGGUAUCGCUGUUAGCCUGACUUCGAUCGGGACUAUAAUCGGUCCCCUAGUCGGUGGGGCUCUGACGCAAAACGUUUCCUGGAGAUGGUGCUUCUACAUCAAUCUGCCCCCAAGCGGCCUCGUUAUAAGCGCGCUGCUCUUGUUGCCCAUCCCGGAACAAAUCAAGAAGGAACCAGUGCGUCGCAACCUCAAGACCAUUAUCACGAAAGAGCUCGACCUCGUCGGUUUCGCCAUAUUCGCACCAGCUUGCAUCAUGUUCCUGCUCGCUUUGAUCUGGGGGGGCAACCAGUACCGGUGGAACUCUUCCGUCAUUAUCGGUCUUUUCUGUGGCGCUUUCGGCGCCUUUGCCACGUUCGCUGGUUGGGAGGUCUUCAAGGGAGACAAGGCUAUGAUUCCUCCCGCUCUUGCCAAGAACCGACUUGUGAUCUUUGGAUGUUUCACGUCGUUCCUUCAGAUUGGCGCGUUGCUGUCACUCAGCUACUAUCUUCCGGUAUGGUUUCAGGUCGUCAAGGAUGCGAGUCCAGUGAUGAGCGGAGUCAUGGUCCUUCCGACCGCCAUUGCGCAGGCUAUUGGGAGCAUAGCGGCAGGGAGAUUAGUCCAGGUUAUUGGCUAUUGCACCCCAUGGGCACUUGUCGGUUGUGUCCUAACCGCCAUUGGAUCUGGGCUGAUGACCACAUUCACUCCUUCCACUGGCGCUGGACCUUGGAUCGGGUACCAGAUACUUGCUGGGACAGGAAGGGGCUCUGUGGUCCAAAUGCCCAUCACGGCCAUUCAGAACCUUUUACCACCAAAGGAAGUCUCCAUCGCCACCUCCCAGGUAUUCUUCUGGCAGUAUCUAGGAGGGUCGGUCUUCCUUGCCGUUAGCGAGACAAUUUUCACCAACUCCCUCCGGUCAUCGCUGAGAACCUAUGCUCCCGGCAUUAACCCUGAGACAGUCAUCGAUGUCGGGGCUGCUGCGGUGCGAUCAAGCGUGCCCCGUGGUCAGCUGGAGGGUGUACUCCGCGCAUAUAACCACGCCAUUGUGUCGACUUUCUAUCUCGCCGUCGGCGCCUCCUCUGCCGCAUUCCUCACAAGCUUCGGGAUGGGAUUUCAGAGGCUGCCCAAGAAAGAGAACAAAACGAAACCAAAAGGGAAUGAUGCAUAGUAAUUCCUGGUACCGCAUUUGGCGUGCAAAGCUCAACUUAAACAUUCUGACUGUCUACUCUGUCCGCGGUCCAAUUGAGGGGUGUCCGAGAUCACUCUGAAACUCCGAGAUCAUCUGUUCCUUGUACUAUUGGUAAAAAGGUUUGGCUGGUGAAGUAAAUUCUCGUUCUGGUUCUGGUUCAUGACUGGCUUCAUCACACUUAGCAAU